GAGCCCAACGUCAUCAGCUACAGUGCUGGGACCAGCGCGUGCGAGAAGGGCGGGCAGUGGGCGAGCAGUGGCAGCGGGCCCUGGCGCUGCUGAGCGAGAUGCGGGAGGCGAAGCUGGAGCCCAACGUCAUCAGCUAUAAUGCUUGGAUCAGCGCGUGCGCGAAGGGCGAGCAGUGGCAGCGGGCGCUUGCGCUGCUGAGCGCGAUGCGGGAGGCGAAGCUGGAGCCCAACGUCAUCAGCUAUAAUGCGGGGACCAGCGCGUGCGCGAAGGGCGAGCAGUGGCAGCGGGCCCUAGCGCUGCUGAGCGAGAUGUGAGAGGCGAAGCUGAAGCCCAACGUCAUCAGCUACAGUGCUGGGAUCAGCGCGUGCGCGAAAAACGAGCAGUGGCAGCGGGCCCUGGCGCUGCUGAGCGAGAUGCGGGAGGCGAAGCUGGAGCUAGACUCAGCUACAACGCUGGGAUCAGCGCGUGCGAGAAGGGCGAGCAGUGGCAGCGGGCGCUGGCGUUGUUGAGCGAGAUGCGGGAGGCGAAGCUGGAGCCCAACCCCUAUCAGCUAUAAUGCUGGGAUCAGCGCGUGCGAGAAGGGCGAGCAGUGGCAGCGGGCCCUGGCGCUGCUGAGCGAGAUGCGGGAGAAGAAGCUGGAGCCCGACGUCAUCAGCUAUAGUGCUGGGGUCAGCGCGUGCGCGAGGAGGAGGAGG